AUAUUAGUUAUGCAAAUGUAUAAUUACAUAAUUUGAAAAUGCAUUCACAAAUAACUAAUAACUAUAGUGUGCAUUACAUUUUUGAACUUAUUUUUACUACGAUCUAAUACUUGUUAUAAGAAAAUACGUAUUGUAUAUGCCUCUGCCAAUCAAAACCUAUCUUAAAACUUUUUACAAAAGUACCUAGAUUAUGAGAAGUAUUUGAUUAAGGUAAAAUAUUAAAUUGCAUAUAACAUAAAAAUUAAAACUUAACAUUACGAUAUAUUCAUUAUCUUUUAUACAAUAAACAGAUCAUUUGCAUCGAAGUAGUUUAAUUCUGAUUUUUUGUCCAAAUGUUAUUGGACAAUAUAUCGGUACAUUAGAAUACAUUAAAGAAGCUUAAUAUACACACAUAUACUUCGUUUUAUGACUAUAGUAAUAUAUAUGUAUAUAUAUAUAUAUGCAUGUAUACGUUCAGCCAAGAUUUACUCAAAUGUUAAUAAGCUAAUGUAAAUUCAUUAUACGAGAUUGGCGCCAAAAAAGAAUAUCCGUUGUUACAUCCAAAUGAGGCACUACUUUAAACUGUUAAGUGAAAAUGAAAUUAAAUUGUAAUGUUGAAGUUAAUAAUCGAAUGCACAAUUUGACAAAUUUAUCGAUAAGAAAAAAAUCACAACGUGGGUAUUUGGUUAUUGGAAGACAAUCUAUAAAAAGCAAUGAAUUAUAUAUUUUAUUACAAACAGAGCAGAACAAAUGUGGAACUAAGUAUAAGGUGAAUGAUAAUAUUGAAAUGAUAUUUGUGAAAUUUAUUGAAAAUGGGAAAGCAACAAUUAGAAUAAAAGAACCUCCUCAUGACUUAAUUAUACAGAGCGAUGCAAUACCAUUAAAAAGUUUUAUUCAUGUUUUAAAGCUUGCAUCGUCCAAAAAAGUAAAUUUAUCAACUCUUGCAAUAUCUAAUUUAAAUGGCAAAAAGAUUGGUAAUACGCAAAAAACAAAAAUAACUAUAAAAAAGAAUUCUGAAUAUCCUACUUUACAAGGUUUUCCAAGAUUUACAGAAGAAUUACACAUCAUAGGAUUAGAUAGGAAAUCAUUUGAUCUUCAAAUUUUAAAACUGAAUCGUUUAAAAAUUUUGGAUCUAUCAAACAAUCAAAUAACAUCCUUACCUAAAGAUUUAGGUUCUUUGCCGCAUUUACAACAGCUUAUUUUGUCUCAAAAUCAACUUGGCAAAGCUGCUAUUUCUAAAUGGACAUGGCUGGACCAAAGCAAUAUCAGAAAUACUUUAUGCUUAUUAGAUUUAAAUUGUAAUUUCUUGACUGAAAUACCUGAGAAGAUUGGAAAACUCAAUGCUCUUGUUAAUUUAAAACUAAGUUGUAAUUCGUUAAUAUAUUUACCACAAAGUAUGGGAAAUUUAACUUCGCUCAAAUAUUUGGAUUUAUCACAGAAUAGUUUACAAUUUUUACCAGGAAGUAUAAGGAAAUUACGGCUACUGGAAAUAAAUGUAUCUGGAAAUUCGUUUUCAACAACUAAGCCUUCUUAUGCAUGUAUAGUACAAUUACCAAGCCUUGUUGAGUGUGCGGCAAAGAUAUUUUUGAAAACAAGGAUUAGCUACAAUGCAAAUUUGAUACCUAACACACUGGUCAAAUAUUUAGAUUCUGCAAAAUAUUGUGUAUGUGGAACAGCUUGUUUUCAAUACUUUUUAAGAAAACAAUUAUAUUUUAAUUUAAAUUCAACUAUAUGUAGUGUAAAGUUUUCAGAUAGUAGUACUGUACCAUAUGAUUGUUUCUUUUGUAGUUUACAAUGUUUCAGAUUUUAUUCUAAAGUAAUGUCUUGAAGUAAUAUCGCCUUAUUAUUUACAUGUAAUUUUAAAUUAUAGUUUUUUGUAUAUAUAUAAGUUAUAGUUUUUUGUAUAAAUGUUACAAUUAUCUUAAGGUACAAGUA